GGCAGCAGGAACAGACAACAGAGAUUCGAUUAUCUGGCUACAUGCACGAUUAUCACAUAUAUGAGAAUUCCGUUAUCUCUGUCUUUCCCUCUGCUUCAAAAUGCCGUUACCUAACGCCGCCACCGUCCUGUCUACUCUUCCUCCAAUUCAAACUCCAAAGUUUAACGACAAAAAGUCCUCAAUAAAAUGUCAUGACAAUUUUGGUAGUACAAGAGUCAGCACAUUGACAGUGCACAGAAGACUCAAUUGUUCUACUUAUUCUGUUGCACGGGAUGGAAGUAAGUCGGCUGACUUUGAUGUGCCAUUCCCCGGUGACUAUCCUGAGCUUCUUGAACAAGCAAAAAAUGCAGCCGAAUUAGCUGCGAAGGAUGGCAAACAGUUGAUGGAAAUCGAAUUCCCAACAGCUGGACUUGAUUCUGUACCAGGUGAUGGUGAAGGAGGAAUAGAAAUGACGGGAAGUAUGAUGCUAAUACGUGAAUUUUGUGAUCAGUUUGUAACUCCUGAGAAAGCUACACGAACUAGAAUAUUUUUCCCGGAGGCAAAUGAAGUAAAAUUUGCAAGACAAUCAGCUUUUGAAGGAGCAUCCUUUAACUUGGACUAUCUUACAAAGCCAUCAUUUUUUGAGGAUUUUGGAUUCACUGAAAAGGUCAAAAUGGCAGACCGCGUGAAACCAGAAGAUGAAAUGUUCCUAGUCGCCUAUCCAUAUUUUAAUGUCAACGAGAUGCUUGUGGUGGAAGAGCUUUACAAGGAAGCGGUCUCCAAUACUACACGGAAAAUGAUUAUAUUCAAUGGAGAACUUGACCGGAUAAGGUCUGGGUAUUAUCCACCAUUUUUCUACCCUAAGCUUGCUGCACUAACCAAGACUCUCCUGCCUAAGAUGGAGACUGUAUAUUAUAUUCACAAUUUUAAAGGUCGCAAUGGAGGAGCUCUGUUCAGGUGCUACCCAGGUUCCUGGAAAGUCUUCAAGAAAGUGAGGAAUAAGUAUAUUUGUUUGCAUCAACAGGAAGCUAUGCCAUCCCUCAAGGAAGUCGCCUUGGAUAUCCUGCCGUCAGCUUGAGAUUUCAGCAACAUUGGCUUCUGGCGAAGUGUGAGAAAGUGUGACAAGAAAGCUCAAGAAGGAACAAGGUUGAUUCUUCUAAUGGUUUUUAAAUGUACAUAUCUCUGAAUUGGUGAUUCUUUUAUUGUGAAUUUAAAUGUUCAUUCAAUAGUAUCAGAAACACAUAUAUAAGUUUAUGUCUGAGCAGCGAAUUUCUUAUAUAUCA